AUGGCAAAUUUCGGCAGGCGACUUCAACGCCAAACAUCCGCUGUGCAGCGCAAAUCUACCGGCGGAAAGGCGCCCAGGAAACAGUUGGCCACCAAAGCCGCACGUAAGAGCGCACCCGCCACCGGAGGAGUGAAAAAACCACAUCGUUACCGUCCGGGAACCGUUGCCCUCCGUGAAAUCCGUCGUUAUCAGAAGAGCACAGAACUUUUGAUCCGCAAAUUGCCGUUCCAACGUCUAGUGCGCGAGAUCGCCCAGGACUUCAAGACCGACCUGCGUUUCCAGAGCUCCGCGGUCAUGGCGUUGCAAAAAGCUAGCGAGGCAUACUUGGUAGGUCUGUUCGAAGACACCAAUCUUUGCGCGAUCCACGCCAAGCGUGUCACCAUCAUGCCAAAGGACAUCCAGUUGGCCCGUCGUAUCCGCGGUGAACGUGCUUAA